AAUAUACAGACAAAUUUCCCACUUUCAAAUUCAAAGGUCUUCCUUUUGGAAUUUGGAAAUUUUCUUCAAGUCAUCGGUCAACUGACAAAUCAAAGCCGUUGAUACGAAAGACAUAUCAACCUUUGAAAUCUAUCUUUGCUGCUCAAAGAUUGGAUUUUGACCAUAAACCCUGUUUUUUUCCUCCAGUUUUGGAUGUGGGUUUUGUGAUUUGAUUCUUGCUUUCCGAGCUUUGAUUUGUCCUGCCAAAUUCGAGUUGCAGCAAAAGGAAGCUCGAAGUUGCAGCAACUGGAAGCUCAGAUUUCACUCCCAUGGAUGCAAUUAGAUCAAGUUUUGGCUGAUUUGAUCUCGUCGCACCGACUGUUUUGGAGGUUUUUGAUCCCUACCCUUUUGAUUGCUCACUCUGUUCUCAAAUGGGUUGGUGCUGUUUUGAAGUUUAAAUACUUGGUUGUGCUUGUUUGAGAGAAUUAAAGACUCAGUUUUCUAGCUGCAAGUAUUUGGUUUUCCACUUUUUCUGCAUAUCUGGUUUCUGAAUUCUAUGAAAAUAUGAAUGGUGUGGCUGUAACUGUCAUAUGAAGUGUGUUUGUUCCCAUAACUGCUGUUGAAUCUAUGGCUAUUAUCAAGAAACACCGUCUAAAUGAUGAAGCGGCUUUUCGCCGUUUCUUGCCAUUGGUUUCGAUUACAUUGUUAGGGGUUUUCCUGCUGAUGUUCCUUCUGAGAUUUAAUUCAAUUUCAAAUUUUGUCACGCCGCCUUCGGAUGAUUUUGGUGAGGUAUCGAUAAGGAGUGGUAAUCGUUCACAUGUUAGACAAAUAAUUAGCCUCCCUAAGCAGACUGAAUUCUCACUGAAGUUGGAAAAGAGGAAUCAGCUUCCCCCUAGGAACUUAGAUCUCUAUCCAAGUCUAGCCAAGGAUCACAUAACUAUAGUUCUUUAUGUGCACAACCGGCCGCAGUAUCUCAAAGUAGCUGUUGAUAGUCUGUCUCAGGUUGUAGGUAUAAAUGAAACUUUACUGAUCGUAAGUCAUGAUGGAUACUUCGAAGAAAUGAACAAGGUUGUGGAAGGGGUCAGAUUUUGCCAAGUGAAACAAAUUUUUGCACCUUACUCGCCCCACGUCUUUCCCAAUAGCUUUCCAGGGGUUUCGCCUACAGACUGUAAGGAAAGGGAUGAUGCAAAAACGAAACACUGUAAGGGGACUCCUGAUCAGUAUGGAAACCACCGUUCUCCGAAGAUUGUGUCAUUAAAGCAUCAUUGGUGGUGGAUGAUGAACACAGUGUGGGAUGGAUUGAAGGAGACCAAGGAUCACAAUGGUCAUAUUCUUUUCAUAGAGGAGGACCAUUAUAUUUAUCCCAAUGCUUAUCGUAACUUGCAGAUACUCACAGAAUUGAAGCCUCAAAAAUGCCCUCAUUGCUAUGCUGCCAAUUUAGCUCCGUGUGAUGUGAAUGCAAGAGGAGAAGGUUGGGAUAGUUUGAUUGCAGAGAGAAUGGGAAACGUAGGAUAUACAUUUAACCGGACUGUUUGGAGGAAAAUUCACAAAAAGACUUCAGAAUUUUGUUUCUUUGACGAUUACAAUUGGGAUAUAACAAUGUGGGCAACGGUCUAUCCCUCAUUUGGUAAUCCUGUUUUCACAUUACGAGGGCCUCGGACUAGUGCAGUACACUUUGGCAGGUGUGGUUUGCACCAGGGACAGGGGGAGGCAAAAGCAUGUAUAGACAACGGCAUGGUGAACUUUAAACUGGAGGAGAUAGAUAAGGUUGCAAACAUCAACUCGGACUGGGAAGUGCAGGUCUUUGAGAAUCAGCCAGGGUACAAAGCCGGAUUCAAAGGUUGGGGAGGUUGGGGGGACAAGAGAGACCAUCGUUUGUGCUUGAGUUUUGCUCAGAUGUAUCAUUCAUAGAUAGACAUUGCUUUUUCAGUGUCGGUAUUUAGCCAUCUGUUGUAACCGGUAAGAUCUGGAUUUCGUUUUUGUUAAGUGAUAGCCAAUGGCAUGAGUAGCCGUGAGAUGUUUUGUAUCAUGUUACAGAUGAUGUUUAUGUUUGUUUCUUCAAGAAUCAAAAUCUUGCUCUAUAUAAAUCAUAAUUUUCAUUUCUUUUCUUC